AAGACUGAGAAUCUUCACCAGCACAAGCUUAGCAAGCGACGAGGAGCUCUAGUCCCAUUUUCCUGCAAACAUCUCAAGGAGUCCAGCUAUACUGCACUGAGGAAGAGGAGGCUGCAGCCUCUUCCUCAGCCUGGCCUUUGGGAUGAGGGUUUCCAUUGUCUUGCUGUAAAAUGCAUGAAUGGAAGGACCCAGCGGUACAACCUCUACUCGCCGCUAAUGCUGCCAUCAGGGCUUCAAACUCACUUUGCACUCACUUUCCAAGGCCACUGAAACAAGCCCAAACCUUCCCUCCCAACAACCUGCCCCCCUCCCACUGUGCCACGGCCCUCCCCAGGCUCCUCUGAGCCCACAGACACUGACCUCAGGCUUGUUCUCUCUGCUCAGUAAAGUUACUGUGAGGUAGAACUGGAGAGAACGUGGUUCUGUCUGCUGUGGAUGAGGCGUCCUGUGGCCCAGAGCCAGGACUGAAGGCCGGGAGUCGGGCUUGGGCUCCCAGAAAUCCCUUUAAAUGGUUUUAUGACGUUCUGCUCUGCAGAGGAACAGUUUGGAUGUUUUUAAUAUCCAAACUGAAAAACAGUUUUUUUUUUUAUGUUUUUGGUGUGCAACUAAAGACCCUUUGACCAUAUUGGCUCUCAGCUGGACCCUAUCGAGUCAGGCUAAAGUACAAAAAAUGAAAAAAUAAUAUAAAAUACAUAAAAAUAAUUCUUCUGUAAACGAAGAAGCUGAAAAAAAUCUGAAAGAAUAAAGGAUUUUAAACCCUUUGAACGGUUUUCAGCCUCCUAUUUAAAACUGAUCCACUGCUGCACAAUGUUUUGAACUUGUUGCGUGAUGACGUCAGCCGCCUCUGCGUCACCGCGCCCUCCGUCCUCCUCAGGGAACGCGCACAUUCCUAUUGUCCAAGAUGGCGGCCUCGGUGCAGCUGCUGUGAUGCUGAAAUGUUUCGCCCGCCUUUUAACCUUUUUAUCGGUAGCUGUGCCAAGAACCAGCGGCCGCCCUGGAAGCGCGUCUCCCCGUGAAGCCGUCCGCCGCCGCCUCCGCCCCGCCAGCACUCCCUGGACCCGCUCCCAGCGCCGAAUUCCCGCCGCGGGCACCGAAAAGUUUGGGCUCCAUCCUCCAGCGCAAGAUGAAGCGGCAGGCCGGCAGAGAGAGCAGCCCGGCGCGGGUCGUCGCCAAGCGGAUCCGGGAGCGGGAGCGUGAGGGCGCCCGCAGAGAGGAGCUGCCCCCGCCGCCGCUGGCGCUCCUGCUGGCGGAGAGCCGCAGCUACCACCGCCGCAGCCGCAGCAGGGAGCGGGAGAAGCCGCGGCUCAGGGACGAGCGCGCCGCCGCCGCCCUGGAGCUCCACCACCGGCACGAGCUGAGCCUCCUCGGCCGGCCGCCGCUGCGCUCCGCCGAGCCGCCGCCGCCGCCGCCGCCGUCGUCGGCCGCGCGCCCCGGGACGCUGGAGUACAAGACGCUGCUGAUCAGCAACCUGGGCUCGCAGGUGUCGGACGAGGACGUGGAGGACGCGCUGUUCCACGAGUUCAAGAAGUUCGGCGACGUGAGCGUGAAGCUGUCGCACACGCCGGAGCUCGGCCGCAUCGCCUACGUCAACUUCCGCCACACGGAGGACGCCAAGGAGGCGCGGCACGCCAAGUCGUCGCGGCUGGUGCUGGGCGAGCGCCAGCUGAAGGUGGAGCCCAUGUACGUGCGCAGGCGCAGCGUCACGCCGCCGGACGUGGCCUACCUGCCGCUGCACGCCCCCUUCCCCUACCGGCAGCGCUCGCUGUCGCCGCCCGGGCCCGCGGUGAGCGGCCUGCGGGAGCUGCGCGCGCGGCAGUACGCGCUGGAGAGCCUGGCGCUGAGCCGCGACCGCGAGCGGCUGCUGGACUACUACGGCAUGCUGGACGAGCGGGGGCGGCCCUACGGCUUCCCCCCCAUGCCGGUGGUGGAGGACCUGAAGCCCGAGGACGACCAGCGCGCCACCAGCAACCUGUUCAUCGGCAACCUGGACGGCAACGUGACGGAGGCCGAGCUGCGGCGCGGCUUCGACAAGUACGGCAUCAUCGAGGACGUGGUCAUCAAGCGGCCGGCGCGCGGCCAGGGCGGCGCCUACGCCUUCGUCAAGUUCCAGAACCUGGACAUGGCGCACCGCGCCAAGGUGGCCAUGCAGGGCCGGCUCAUCGGCGGCAACCCCAUCAAGAUCGGCUACGGCAAGGCCAACCCCACCACCCGGCUGUGGGUGGGGGGGCUGGGGCCCGGCAACUCCCUGGCGGCGCUGGCCCGCGAGUUCGACCGCUUCGGCAGCAUCAGGAAGAUCGACUACGUGAAGGGCGACACCUUCGCCUACAUCCAGUACGAGAGUCUGGACGCCGCCCAGGCCGCCUGCACCCAGAUGAGGGGCUUCCCCCUGGGGGGCCCGGAGCACCGGCUGCGGGUGGACUUCGCCAAGGUGGAGGAGAGCCCCUCCCGGCCCUUCCCCCCCGGGUACCAGCCCCCCGUCGCCCUCUCCUCCCACUACGACCUCCUGGGGGAGGCCUACGGCCGCCAUCGCAGCCUGGAGCGGGAGCUGCGGGGGGCCAGGGAGCGCUCGCCGCCCCACAGCCUCCUCGCCAUCAGGGAGCGGGGCCUGCUGGAGAGAGACUUUCCCAGCAGCCCCACGCGGAGCCUGGAGAGGAGGGCCGGCGGGGGGGCCGAGGCGUUCGGGAGGAGCGGCCGGGCGGCGCGGAGCCGCAGCCGCAGCCGUGAGCGCUGGCUGAAGGAGCGGGAGGAGAGGAGGAGCCGGAGGAGGAGCCGCAGUCUGUCCGCCGAGAGGCAGGCCGAGGAGAAGGGCCGCUCCAGGGUCCGCGGCCCCGGAGGAGCCGCCUCGCCCGACGCCAGCCCCGACCGCGCCCGGGUCCGGGCCCCCGACUCCACCACCGAGCCGCGGGACCACUCCCCCGACAGCGGCGCCGGGCGCCACUCCUCCUCCGCCGCCGAGGAGGAGCCCCCCGCCGGCCGGCACCACGGCAAGCGGUCGACCGCCGACCACCUGAACAACCACCACCACCACCGGGGCGAGGGGCCCCCGGCCGGCUCUCCGGGGGGAGCCGCCGCCCCCCACGGCGACGCGGCGGCGCCCCCCGGCACGCUGCAGGAGUUCGCCCAGAGCGCGCUGACCCGCCUGUGGCGCGGCUUCUUCGCGCUGAAGAACAGCAGCUUCCCCACGGACCUGUUCCUGCUGGAGGGCGGCGCCGCCUACUUCCACUCCGUCAUGAGGGACGGCCCCAAGCCGGCGCCGGGGGCGGCGGGGGGGGGCCAGAACCCGGCCGGCACGCUGAAGAUCGCCCAGCGGCUGCGCAUGGACCAGGCCCGGCUGGACGAGGUGGCGCGGCGCAUCAAGCUGGGCCGCCCCGACGGCUUCGCCAUCCUGCUGGCGCUGCAGGGCCCCGUGGACCGCCAGGCGCCGGGGCCCGAGCUGCAGGUGCGCCUGCUGCGCCACCUGGUCACCUACCUGCGCAACAAGGAGGCCGCCGGCGUGGUGAGCCUGCCCGCCGCCAAGGAGGGCGGGCCGGGCGCCAUGCUGUACGCCUUCCCGCCCGGCGACUUCUCGCAGCAGUUCCUGCAGGCGGCCAAGAGGACUGUGGGUAAUCUGGACGAGGAGCACAUGGUGGUCGUCAUCGUCAACGACACUAACUGAGCGGCGCCGGCGCCGGCGACCCGCGCGCCUUCGGACGUCUCCGUGUUUUGGUUCCGUUACACUACAUGUUCUGCUGCGCCGGGCCAGAACCGGCAGAACUUUCCAGUUUAAGCUGUAAGACUCGACACUAAACCGUCUCUCCGCUCGUUACUUUAUCCGUUCCCUCAUCCGGGCCG